AUGUCUCACAUCACUCCCAAGACCCAGCAAGCAUAUGAUUACGAGCCUCUGCCCAACCCCACAUCAAUCCGACUCCUACGAGUGGACCAGAAAGACCCCGAUGGCUUGAUACACUGCACCAUCAAAUCCGUCGAUUUGAAUGAUGAGCCUCUGUACCAUGCCAUGUCCUACACCUGGGGCAACCCGCACAGCGAACUCGCCCAGGCCCAGGAAACUCGCGACAGGUACUCAGAGAAUUAUCCCCCAGAACACAGAGAACGUAUAUCUGUCAACGGAAAGUUAUUAUACAUCACGCGAAAUGCGUAUGACGCGCUCGUCUCCAUCCCCAGAGACGCAUGGGCGAAAUGCUGCAACCGAGGUAAUCGGAGGAAACUUCUCCGGACAUCGCUUCAUUGGGCGUCUAUCGCGGGGAAGGAGGAACUGAUUCAGCCGCUUUUGUGCGCUGGUGUGGAUGUUAACGUCAGUGAUGAAUGGUGGGUUACGCCGUUGAGUUACGCGGCGCAGGUGGGCAGUCGCGAGGGCGUGGACUUGCUGCUUUCUGCUGGUGCGGAUGCGCGCAUUGCGGAUAAUCGGGGGAAUACUCCGCUUGACUAUGCGAGGCAAGGUGACUAUACGGAGAUUAUCCGGUGUCUGGAGGAGGUCGAGCAGAAGGGAGGGAGACUCGAGCCGCGAGCAGGUUGGCCCGAAGGGCCCGAGAGAUGGUGCUGGAUCGACCAGAUUUGCAUCAAUCAGAAGGAUAUCGCGGAGAGAGGAGCGCAGGUUGCGAUCAUGGAUCAGAUAUACAAGAACGCAGCUUUUACGCUUGUCUGGCUCGGACCCGAAGAUUCCUACGCCGAUAUGGCCAUCAAGACCAUCGAGAAACUGGAUACCGCGGCAGGAGACUUCAUCCGAAGCACGGAGAUACAACCAUAUAGAGAGCAGCCUGAAGAGAUCUACGAUGCUGCAAAGAUACCCUAUGUUUCGAUGGAAGAGUGGACUUCGCUCGCCGCCCUCUUCCAACGUCCAUACUUCAGACGGCUCUGGAUCGUCCAGGAGAACAUCCUCUCGGACAUCAUCAUGGGCUACUGCGGGAGUCAUGAGCUCCCGUGGAAAGCAUUCCACACCGUGGCACAGCAGAUCUACUUUCGACAAAAGUUGCUGGGUCGACCGACGUCAACUGCGUUUAUUGCGCCCCAUCGGCCAGUGUCAGCUCUCGAAAGCGAGAUGGUAUAUCUCACGCAGUGGCGGGAGCGGUUGCAGGAGGGAGACAAGGCCACCGUUCCUCGGGAGCUGUCGCUGGAGAAUCUCGUCUUCGACACCUGGACCUUCAACGCAACCGAUCCUCGCGAUAAAAUCUUUGGGCUUUACGGUCUACUCAGUGAGGGCGGUACGGUCGACUGGCAUCCGGACUACUCUCAGUCCGUAGGAGAAGUGUUCGCCCAAGCGACAAAGGAGAUUAUCCAGAAGGCAGGCGAGUUGCGCAUUCUAUCCGCCGUUCACGACGAGUCCCUCCGAAACAUCGUGGAUCUACCCUCUUGGGUUCCGGAUUACAGCGCGAACUUCUGCAAUAUGAUGUGCGCCAAUCAUCGUGCAGCUGGAGUUACGGCCAUGAGAUCCAUCCUCGGUAGCUCGUGGAACAAACUUCCCGUGACUGGUGUCAAGUUUGACUCGGUUCUCGCGAUAGGAAACACCACCAGCGGACCAGGCCAGAUGUCCAUGUUCUUCGAUCAAAGGUGGCUGGAACUCGCGCUGCUUCUCCCUGUCCCAUGCCACACCGGCCAGACGAGGACAGAGGCGCUGUGGCGCACCCUCUGUGCGGACCAGGCGCUUGAUGGCUCAACGCCAGCUCCUGCGUCCUACGGGGACAGUUUCAAAGCAAUGGUGUGCAGUCUCGUCUGCGUCAAAGCUGCCGAAACAGCGCGCGCGGCGGAAAAGGAUCCGGAGAAUGUCAUUGAUCUCCUCUCGGCUUCAUACCAUGUCCGGAAGACCUGGUCGAGCCCACCUCUCUCGGAAUUGUCGGUGGAGGAGCUCACGCGUGCUGUCGCAGACCCGGACACGAAUCUCAGUCAGCCGGAUCGCCAAACAUUGUCUCACUUGUUGUAUAAGUUGCAGUUUCUUGGAGUUGCUGAAGACAAGUGCUUUACACCCUCUAUCGAUGAGGUUGAGAAAGUAUACUACAGUUCCUCAUGGCUACCCUGGGAUGAGAGCGAGACAUUACAGCUUCCUAGAGAGGGACAAGAGUUUUACAAUGCGUUGAGACAGAAACAUGGUCGACGGAAGCUAUUUGUCACUGCUAAUCGAUACCUCGGACUGGGACCGGCCUCGAUGGUGGUUGGGGAUGAGGUGUGGGUUUUGGCGGGCUCGGGCGCCGCGAUGGUGCUAAGAGGAGCUGAGAGGGAGCAUGAAUUCCGUUUGGUUGGGGAAGCCUAUGUGCAUGGGAUUAUGAAUGGGGAACAAGCUGGAAAUGAUAUGAAGUUGCGGGAUAUUAGUCUAGUAUAA